AUGGUCGUCGUUUGUUGUGUUUUAGUGGCGGGAGGAAACUGUAGGAGUAGAAUUGGUAUAGAGAAUCCAGAAAAAAAACGACGUGUCGUUCCCACACUACUCAUAGCAUGUGCAGCUUUCACCGUCGUCGGAUUGUUGAUACUCAACGUGAGAUCCGUUGAUCCUCCGCCGGCCGUGGAUUUCCCUACGAACAAGUUCGAUUUAGAUUCAGCCUCGAACACUACCGACCUGAGCGAUGGCAAUCGGGAGAAUCGCAGCGAGAAGAGCAAAAGCGGUGAGGAAUACAAGAAAUCGCGUGCUACGGUGGAGGAGAUGGGCAAACCUUUCAGCAGAGGAGCUUGGAAGGAGAGUCUCAGAGUUAGGCGUAUGAUUCAACAUCACUUUGACAUGAACGGUGCUUCAAGAGUCCGCAAUCUUCCUCCAGAGCAGUUCUGUGGGCAUGGUUUUGUGUUGGCGAAAGCAUCAGAAGCAGGUUUUGGCAAUGAGAUGUACAAGCUUUUAAAUGCUGUUGCUUUGAGCAUAUUGCUGAACCGAUCGCUGAUAAUUGGGCAGACCAGGGGCAAAUAUCCUUUUGGAGAUCACAUUUCUUAUUCUAGCCGUUCCUUUACGAUGAGAGAAUUAAAGCAUCUUUGGAGGCAAAAUAAUUGUGUGAACAAGUAUGGAAGGCAUCUGGUAAUUAGGGUGGAUGAGUUUGAGAAACCAAAAGAAACAGAUGUCCUAUGUAGCAAUUGGAAGAAAUGGAAGCAACCUAUCAUAUGGUUCCAAAACACAACAGAUGCUGUGGCCAGUCAGUUUUUCUUGAAGAAUGUACACCCUGAGAUGAGGAAUGCUGCUUCUGAUUUAUUUGGAAAGCCAGAUUCUCUCCAUUCUCGGCCAAAUGUUUUUGGGGAGCUGAUGAAAGUUCUUAUAUCCCCUUCAAAGGAUGUUGAAGAGGCAGUCAAUUGGGUUCUUAGUGGUGGGAGGGAUCCUGACAUUUCGUUACAUAUGCGGAUGCUUAUGAAUAGGUCUGUGAGAGCUCUACAGGCAGCAUUGAGUUGUGUCAGAAAAGCCAUGAUGACAUUACCUAAUGGUUCAAAACCUAGAGUGGUUUUAGUAUCAGAUACUCCCACUCUUGUAAACACUCUUGCUCAGAAUAUAAGUGAAUUUGCAGAGGUUCUUCGUUUUGAUUACAAACACUUCAGAGGAGAUAUUGCUCAAAAGAAUAAUUCGCAUAGUUUAGAUUUUCGAGUGAAGGACUGGGGACCUGCACCUAGAUGGGUUGCAUUUGUGGACUUCUUCCUUGCAUCACGUGCAAAGCAUGCUGUUGUAUCUGGGGCUCAUAAGCGUGUUGGGACUACUUAUGCUCAGUUGAUUGCAGCGCUGGCUGCAGCAAACCAUCUUGGGGAAUACUUUGCUCAUUCAAGUUUUUCAUUCUUAAGCAGUUUCCAGAGUAAUCUGUUAAGAGAUGGUUUAAGGUUGCAGGUUGGAUGGGGACAUGUAUGGAACAGAUUUGCGGGUCCAUUAAGUUGCCGCAACCAGCCUAAUCAAUGUGCUUUCACGCCACUUCUCCCUCCAGCUUGGUGGGAUGAUCUGUGGCAAUCUCCUAUCCCUCGUGAUAUUCGUAGGCUCGCAGCAUACGGCAUUUUUCUAACUGAUUUUGGCACAAUUGAUGAAGUUGAACUUCAGUCUUUCUGUAGCUCAAAGAAAAGAAAGGUGAAAACUGUCCUAAUCAUCUAAUUGAUGAAGAUGAACUUCAGGGUAGUGAGAUUCACACAUUUAGAUGCUUCAUUUUCUUGUUACUAUUGUAACCGCAUGAUCAUUCAGAGAAUUGAUGCAUACAGUUCCAUCA